GCCGCGGCUUCCAGCCCGCCCGCCAGCCAUGAGGAAGCUGGCGAAGAAGGGAUGCGACCACAAGCGCUUCCUGAAGAAGAACUGGCUGCUGCUCUCCACCGUCGCGGCCGUGGUGCUCGGGAUUGCCGUAGGAGUCUUGGUUCGAGAGUACAGCAAGCUCUCUAAUCUGGAGAAGUUCUACUUUGCAUUUCCUGGAGAAAUCCUAAUGAGGAUGCUGAAGCUCAUCAUUUUGCCAUUAAUUGUGUCCAGCAUGAUCACAGGUGUUGCUGCACUGGAUUCCAAUGUAUCUGGGAAAAUCGGGCUGCGUGCUGUCGUGUAUUAUUUCAGUACCACUGUCAUUGCUGUCAUUCUAGGUAUCGUGCUGGUGGUGAGCAUCAAGCCUGGUGUCACCCAGAAAGUGGAUGAGAUUGACAGGACAGGCAGCAGCCCCGAAGUCAGUACGGUGGAUGCCAUGUUAGACCUGAUCCGGAAUAUGUUCCCGGAGAACCUUGUCCAAGCCUGUUUUCAGCAGUAUAAAACCAUGCGUAAAGAGGUGCAGCCUCCCAGUGAGCCAGGAAUGAACAUGACGGACGCCUCUGUCACAGCCCUCGUGACGGAAACAUCUGUCACAGCUGUCAUGACAACUGCCGUUUCCAAGAAUGAAACAAAGGAAUACAAAGUCGUAGGCAUGUAUUCAGAUGGCAUAAAUGUCCUGGGCUUGAUUGUCUUUUGCCUCGUCUUUGGACUUGUCAUCGGAAAAAUGGGAGAACGGGGGCAGAUUCUGGUGGAUUUCUUCAAUGCUCUCAGCGACGCAACCAUGAAAAUCGUUCAGAUCAUUAUGUGUUACAUGCCGUUGGGUAUUUUAUUCCUGAUUGCCGGAAAGAUCAUAGAAGUUGAAGACUGGGAAAUAUUCCGCAAGCUGGGCCUUUACAUGGCCACCGUCCUGACUGGGCUUGCAAUCCACUCCAUUAUAAUUCUCCCACUGAUAUAUUUCAUAGUCGUAAGAAAGAACCCUUUCCGAUUCGCCAUGGGAAUGGCCCAGGCUCUCCUGACAGCCCUCAUGAUCUCUUCUAGUUCGGCAACACUGCCCGUCACUUUCCGCUGUGCUGAAGAAAAGAACCAGGUGGACAGAAGGAUCACUAGAUUCGUAUUGCCCGUGGGUGCCACAAUCAACAUGGAUGGGACUGCCCUGUACGAAGCAGUGGCAGCUGUGUUCAUCGCACAGCUCAACGGCUUGGCCUUGGGCAUUGGGCAGAUCAUCACUAUUAGUGUCACGGCCACAGCUGCCAGCAUCGGAGCUGCCGGAGUGCCCCAGGCCGGCCUGGUGACCAUGGUGAUCGUGCUGAGUGCCGUGGGCCUGCCCACAGAGGACGUCACCCUGAUCAUUGCUGUCGACUGGCUCCUGGACCGGUUCAGGACCAUGGUGAACGUCCUCGGUGACGCCUUUGGGACGGGCAUCGUGGAGAAGCUGUCUAAGAAGGAGCUGGAGCAGAUGAGCGUUUCCCCUGAAGUCAACUUCGUGAACCCCUUUGCUGUGGAAACCACAACACUCGACAACGAAGACUCGGACACCAAGAAGUCCUACGUCAACGGAGGCUUUGCCGUAGACAAGUCGGACACCAUCUCGUUCACCCAGACCUCGCAGUUCUAGAGCCCCGGCUUCACGUGACUGGGGUGACGAAGGACAUCUUUUAGAAAAUUCAGACAUUAAGGAAAAGAAAAACACUAAUGGCCAAUUGUACAUUUGACCUGGUAACACAGACCUCCAGGUUAUUUUCUAUAUUUGGAUUCAGAGCUUUCACUCUCCAGGUCGUGGGGUUUGGGGGUGGGGUAAGAAAAAAGGAAGUUGAUUCAAAGGAAAGCUGUAUUAUCUGGGGUUUUAAAAUUCCACAAGAGACAGAGUUUGGACGUAUGUAACGUAGCAUGUGGGAAUUCGGUAACGGACAUGAAAGCGAAAUUGCUUUCUCAUGCACAGAUCAGUGUUUUGGGUUUUUUUUUAAAAAAAAUAUUCUGUCAUUGACUACAAAUUUUUUACUCAGGCUUUCUAUUGGCAUGAAUUUCCUUUGACGUCUCACAUUUUUAUAGAUGAUGAUGCAUCUAAACCAUCUCUCCCCCAGUUAAUGUGCCAAAUUGUCCAUUUUGAACUAAUCUCCAGCCAAUUUCAAAGAAACUGCUUUGAAAUGAAACAGACCAGCACAGUUCUGCAAUAACAGUUUUAAGAUGGGUGUCGGGCUUGGGGGGAAGGGAGAUUCUCUUUUCAAUGUACUGUAUUGGGGCACUGGUAACUAUUAAUCCAGUGUUCAGUGUAGAGCUAGAAAUAUAUAUAUAUAUAUCUAUAUGUAUGUAUAUAUUAUUUUCAUAUAAUUUGCCAGAGAUCAGAAUUGAACUGUCAAUGUGAAAUGAAGAGCUCUCUUUAUACUUGAAUAAUAACUAUGGUUCCAGUCCAGAUCUACUUUGGGGCUUAUCAGAACUCCUCUCUCAGGAGCACUAGAACGAGAAACCAUGUCGUUCGAUCAUUUCAUGUCUGUGUAUCAGCCCCAAAGCAGAGAUGUAUAAUGGGGUUACUCUGAGGUAGCAUAGCCAUUUAUUACAACUUCCAAAUUCUGCUGAGAGGGAAUCCAUAUCAGCCCUAUAUAAGAUGACACUCAAAGGCGACACUCAAAGGCUGGAUGUGUUUUUGGCCAACUGGAAGGCUUUAUUCUUCCAAAGUCCAUUAUACCCACUCAAAAAUGACAGUACCCCUCAGGGCCCAAGCAACAGUGGCAAGCUACUAGCUAAGUUGUAUUUUAAUAUGGAUUUGAUAGGUUGAACAAGCUGCAUUGACCAGAAAAGCACUCUCCCUACCUUGGAUUCUUGCAGAGUAAAUCCCACAGUGAGAUGUUGGGAUCAGUGGUUCAGGAAAAUCCGCUUUGUACGGCACUUGUCUCUUCCUCCGGGAAGGAUUGUUCUAACCAACCAGUAGUCUAGUAGUCUUGGCCCUGCUCAUUAAAAUCUGUCAUUUGUCAUUUUCCUGCUAAUUUAUGAAGAUACCUUAUUAAAGUCUGUGCUUCAGCUCACAUCUUGUAAAUAAUGUUUAACAUAAACUUGUAUUUACACUGAGAUCCAGAAUACUUGUGCUCCUGCAGGACUGAGUAGCCAAUUUAAGCCUGUGCUUCUCUAUUUAAAACACCAGAACAUGGAAAAGUAAAUAAAUGCUCGGUAUUGACCACCUGCCCCUGAAGUCAAGAGAAUGAUACUGAAUUAUUGUGAAAACACCAUAAAUAUGAACCCGUAAUUCAAUGUGAGUUUUUAAAAUGCAAAGAGUGGUGGUGGUUAUAGAACAUCUAAUAUGAUGCAGUUGAAUUAGUAAUUUUCUUGGGCUGAAUGGUUCUACCCCCUUGGCCAGUUUCUCCAGUUUGAAGCCCUGUGGUGGGCGGAGAUGUCCAUGAACUGCAGGUCCUUAUUUUGGAGUCAAUUUGUAACUGACCUCUUAACACACUGUGCUGUUAACUCAUCAGAGAGAACAAUGUUCCAUUUCAAUCUCAAUAAACAUUCCCAUCAUUCUUUCUUCCCCGCCUUUCUCUCUUCUUUUAUCUCACUCUGAUGGGCGUGGGAAGGUGGAGACAUGGUCAGUUAACUCAGAUUGUACACAGGUUGGCGUUUCCAAAGCUGUAUUUAUAGCCAAGAUUGAAAAAGCAGGGCUUGAGGAAAAGUAAUCUAAUUCUUCAUGUUAAUCAGUGGGGAUUAAAUGGUUGAAGUUCAGUGUCAUUAUGAACUUUGCCCAUACUUUAUGACUGAGAUGAAUGGGUAGGUAGAAUUUGGUUAGAAAUUACUGUAAUGGGAGGAAGUCACUGUGUUGACAGUGACUUGGUUUCACUGAAGGACUGAUCCUGCCCUCCAGAAUGUUACCACGAACUACCAAUGGCUGUGUUCAGAGAGCUCUUGGAAGGAAUGGCACAGUCCUGCCUGGAACCGAGUCCUGACGGGUUCCGCGAGUGGGCCCACUCGUGAGUGAUGGACAGCAAGGGAGUGGAUUGUCGGCCCUGCCGAGAUAGUGUCUCAUAAAAGUGCAUAAGCACUACCUGGCCAAACUAAUUCAGAACAGCUUUCUCUUUUGGCAACAUGGGAUAAAAUACCAACAACGCAACUCCUGAGAAAGAGAGAGGUCUGUUUGGAAAAGUCAGUGAACCUGAGUACGUACCCCCAUAUGAUUUUGUUCUGCCCAAAGUAUACUUGUGUACAGAGGAGCGGUGUUAUCAGCUCUGGAAAAUUACUUCAUUUUUUUUAACAUAGCCCACUGGGUACAAGGCCUGUCAUUUAAAACCUCCCAUUCUCAGAAGAGUAUGAGGAAACUGUGUGGUUUAUAACCCAGAGGGGGCCAGCAACAGUUGGCUUUGCAGGUGUUUAAGAUUCUUCCAUCCUGGAACAGAAAGAGGAAAUGGUCAUGCAGAGCCUUGACAGAAUUCUAGAAGGUUCUAUGCAACAGAAUAUUCUGUAUUCUCUUAACUACCCAGCAAAGGACCAGUGA